AUGAACUUCUGACAGUAACAUUCCAUGCACCCAUUCUAAUUUCUACAAGAAGCAAGUGCGACCCGAGCUGUUACAAAAUGUCAGAGAAGGUUGUGUUGUAUUAUUUUAAUGGACGAGGAAGGAUGGAAUCGAUCAGGUGGCUUUUGGCUGCUGCCGGAGUUCAGUUUGAAGAAGUACUUCUGACAAAACGGGAGCAGUACGAAAAGCUUCUGAAUGAUGGGGUUCUGAUGUUUGAGCAAGUGCCCCUGGUUCAGAUGGACGGCUUGCAGCUCGUACAGACCAAAACAAUCAUGAACUACAUCGCUCAGAAAUAUGACCUCUAUGGGAAAGACCUCAAAGAGCGCGCCAUGAUUGAGAUGUACUCUGAGGGGCUGACUGACUGCAUGGAGAUGAUUAUAAUGCUGCCGUUCAUUAAGCCUGAGGGGAGAGAUGCCCAACUCAGCACCAUACAAGGCAAAACCACCAGCCGCUAUUUUCCUGUCUACGAAAAGGCCCUCAGUGGCGGAUCGCAGUACCUUGUUGGAAGCAAGAUGAGUCGUGCUGAUGUCCAUCUGAUGGAGGCCACUCUGAUGCUGGAGGAGAAGUUUCCAACCAUUCUGUCAACAUUCCCAAACCUCAAGGCGUUUCAGGAGAGGAUGAAGGCCGUACCCACAAUCAGCAAAUUCCUGCAGCCUGGAAGCCAGAGAAAGCCCCAGCCAGAUGACUUCUAUGUCAAAACUGUAAUCGAGGUCCUCAACAUGCAGUUCUCUCGCUAACAUUCGCUAUCUCAGUGUUUCUCAACAGGGGUGCCAUGUUACAGCUUGUUGGCUUGGGGUGACUUGAAAUUUUUCAUGAUUUGAAAGGGUGCCUCGCCUAAAAAAAGGUUGAGAAACACUGUGCUAUCUCACUAUGGGAGAUGCCCGCAGGCGUGACCCGCCCACACAUCACAUGCAGUGAUAUUAAGCAAACACUGUCAGUAUCAUGUCGAGUCCACUGAAUGUUGCUUGGGAUAAGAUUUGGUCUGCCCGUAAUAAAUAUGUAAUAAAUAACAAAGCUAAGGAAGUUUCAUUUAAAAUAUUACACUUAAUUUACCCCACAAAUACACUUUUACAAUGAUUCAAAAUGGGUUUGCCAGAUGUAUGUGUUUUCUGUGGUGUUAUGUCUGAGUAUAUUUGACAUUUAUUUUACGAAUGUUUUUAUUCAAGAUUUUUCUGGAUUGAGGUUGAGCGUCUGUGUGGUGAGGUAUGGUCUUGUCAUGUUUCUUUUACUACGAAAUAUAUUUUACUUUUCUUUGAAAGAGAGGAUCUGUGUCUUUAUAUUAAAUUUGUUUAUAGUCAUGGGGGGAAAAUAUCAUAUACACAAAUGCAAAUGGGGAGGAGGAAAACCAUCUUUUGUUUCUUUCAAAAAAGAACUAAAAUUUUAUUUUCAGGAUCAAAAAAUGAGAAUAAAUUGUCUGACUAAGGCACUCCAAAUUCAAAUGUCUUUA